GAGAGCCCUCGUGGAAACAUACAGGGGAGCAGGAAUAUACAGAGAAGUGGAAACAUACGGGAGAGCAUUCGCGGGAACUCGUAGGAGAGCAUUUGCGGGAACAUACAGGGGAGCAUUCACGGGAACAUACAGGAGAGCACUCACGGGAACUUAUAGGGGAGCAUUCACGGGAACAUACAGGGAGCAUUCGCAGGAACAUACAGGGGAGCACUCGCGGGAAGAACAUACGACGGUGAAGCACUCAGAACCUAUGGUGGAGCACUCAGAACAUUCGACAGUGGAGCACUCAGAACAUUCGACAGUGGAGCACUCAGAACUUACGGUGGAGUCGCUUAGAUUGAUUUGA